UCAUGCUGCUGCCAGGUCCAGAGUCUCUCAUGGGUCCCUGUACGGCCUCCCAUUGCUGCUGUCUCCAUCGCCACACUCUGCCAUGUGCCACUUUCAGGUCUCCUCACACUGCUGGUGUGUUCCAUUUUUUGUCAUAGGGUGCUGGCAGAUUACGGGCCUCCCAUAGCUGCUGCCAGGCCCCUAUCUCUGCCAUGGGCCCCUAUACCGCCUCCUCAUGCUGCUGCCAAGUCCAGAGUCUCUCAUGGGUCCCUGUACGGCCUCCCAUUGCUGCUGUCUCCAUCGCCACACUCUGCCAUGUGCCACUUUCAGGUCUCCUCACACUGCUGGUGGGUUCCAUUUUUUGUC